UCUGAGGGAACACUGGCUGUCGCCAUCAUGUCUGCAGCAAAUCCUGAGACUCCAAACUCAGCCGUCUCCAGAGAGGCCAGCACCCAGUCUUCUUCAGCUGCCACCAGCCAAGGCUAUGUUCUGCCAGAAGGCAAAAUCAUGCCGAACACUGUUUUCGUUGGUGGAAUUGAUGUUAGGAUGGAUGAAACAGAAAUAAGAAGUUUCUUUGCUAGAUAUGGUUCAGUAAAAGAAGUGAAGAUAAUCACGGAUCGAACUGGUGUGUCCAAAGGCUAUGGAUUUGUUUCAUUUUAUAAUGACGUGGAUGUGCAGAAGAUAGUAGAAUCACAGAUAAAUUUCCAUGGUAAAAAGCUGAAACUGGGCCCUGCAAUCAGGAAACAAAAUUUAUGUGCUUAUCAUGUGCAGCCACGUCCUUUGGUUUUUAAUCCUCCUCCUCCACCACAAUUUCAGAGUGUCUGGAGUAAUCCAAACACUGAAACUUACAUGCAGCCUCCAACCAUGAUGAACCCUAUAACUCAGUAUGUUCAGGCUUAUCCUCCUUAUCCAAGUUCACCAGUUCAGGUUAUCACUGGAUAUCAGCUGCCUGUUUAUAAUUAUCAGAUGCCACCGCAGUGGCCUGCUGGGGAACAAAGGAGUUAUGUUAUUCCUCCGGCGUAUACAACCAUUAACUACCACUGUAAUGAAGUUGAUACAGGAGCUGAAGUUUUGCCCAGUGAAUGCUCAGUUCAUGAAGCCACUCCAUCCUCUGGAAAUGGCCCACAAAAGAAAUCGGUGGACAGAAGCAUACAGACGGUGGUAUCUUGUCUAUUUAAUCCAGAGAAUAGACUGAGAAACUCCGUUGUCACUCAAGACGACUACUUCAAGGAUAAAAGAGUUCAUCACUUCAGAAGAAGUCGGGCAGUGCUUAAGUCUGUUUGAUCCUCUCUGCUAACUUUCUAGUCUCAUAGGAAGUCACAGGUGUUGAAUAGUAAGAGACUGAAAGUUUUCCACUAUUAUAGAAAUUUAAUUCUGAAUUUUGAUAAAUCACACUCAGACUUUCUAUAUAAGUUAUAUUAGAUUGCUUAGUUUUAUUUCACAUUGAAAGUUUUUCAUUAGACAUUUACUUAGAAACUGGUUCUGUGUUGAAUAUAUAGUUAAAAGUAAAAAAAUAAUUGAGACUGAAAAGAAUAACUUUUAAGAUAUAUCUGUAAGGAUUUUUACUUGACAUUUUAAGAGUUUAAAAACAAAUGUUGAUUUUUUGAAAAAAAAAUUGUUUUAGAAAACCUACUUUGAAAGGUCAGAAUUUUGAUAGUUUAAAUACAAGCACUUCACUUCUCCAACAAGUACCUAUGAACAGUACAAUAUCUGCAAUAUUGUGCUUUUAUGAUUUGUCUAGAAAUUUACCACAAAAGCAGAGUUUUUAAAACUGCAUUUUUAAUCAGUGAAACUCAAUAUAUAGUUAGCUUUAUUGAAGUUUUCCUUAUCUAAACCCAGUAAAACAGAUUCUAAACAAACAGUCCAAUCAGCGGGUC